CCAGAGACAUUACACGCAGGGAGCUUUGAAGGCAGGCCAAGAAAUUAAGAGAGUUUUCAUACAAAAAGCACACAAAGAUCAGAAGAAGAUAGAGCAUUGAAAAAAAAAGGAAAAAUAAAAAAGGAAGAGAAGAAAGGUAGGGGUAAUGGCAGCCUCAGUAGUGAUGAGUUCAUUGAGCCUAAAACCUUCUCCAUUCACUGUUGAGAAGACAGCUGUGAGAGGCCUCCCCUCACUAGCAAGAACUUCCUCUUUGAGGAUUCAGGCCAGUGGUAAGAAGAUCAAGACUAACAAGCCUUUUGGAAUUAAUGGAGGCAUGGACUUGACGGAUGGACUCGAUGCAUCUGGCAGGAAGGGCAAGGGAAAGGGUGUUUACCAAUUUGUAGACAAAUACGGUGCUAAUGUCGAUGGAUACAGUCCCAUCUAUAACACUGAUGAUUGGUCUCCAAGUGGUGAUGUCUAUGUUGGAGGUACCACAGGAUUGUUGAUAUGGGCAGUAACCCUGGCUGGCAUUCUUGCAGGGGGUGCCCUCCUUGGUUACAGUACAAGUGCUUUGGCACAGUAGAAGACUCACUCAUGACUCAAGACCUCCGCUUUUGAUAAUUCAAGUCUUGUAUUAAUUGAAGUCUUUUCAAAAAGUACUGUGCAAAACAAUACCAUUAUGCAUGCAUGAACAAUAUACUUCUUAUGCUUUUGAAACUUGAUCUGUAAUCUCUGUAAUAUUGUUUUGGUAUGGAAUUGUUUUCAUGCUCGUAAUAUGUUUGA